CCCGUUAUCUAACCCACAAUUCAUAGUUCAUAUGAUUCGGUGGACUUCAGUCAAGUCGGAGAUUGUCCUGUAUAAAUGCAUUGAUUCUAUUUGACAUUUGAAAUAAUUUGCAAAUAUGGGCCGCAAAGUAUAUGUUGUUGGAGUUGGAAUGACCAAAUUUGAGAAACCAGGCCGACGAGAAAACUUUGAUUACCCAGAGAUGGCCAAGGAAGCUGGCACCAAAGCUCUUAAUGAUGCUGGAAUUUCUUACGAAAAAGUCCAACAAGCUUGUGUUGGAUACGUGUUUGGCGAUUCAACCUGUGGUCAAAGGGCCCUAUAUCAACUUGGUUUGACAGGAAUUCCAAUUUACAAUGUUAACAACAAUUGCUCUACUGGUUCAACAGCUCUGUUGAUGGGGAAACAAUUAAUUGAGGGUGGUAUUGCUGAUUGCGUUCUCUGUCUUGGCUUCGAAAAAAUGAGUAGGGGUUCCCUUAAGGGUGUCUUCAACGACAGAGUAUCACCAAUGGAUAAACAUGUCGAACAUAUGGCAAAUUUACGUCCAAUCGAAUCAGGACCAAUAACAGCUCAGAUGUUCGGAAACGCUGGUCGUGAACACAUGGAAAAAUAUGGAACAAAGACAGAACAUUUUGCAAAGAUAGCCUGGAAAAAUCACAAACAUUCUACCAAUAAUCCAUAUUCCCAGUUUCAAGAAGAAUAUACCAUGGAACAAAUAAAUUCGGCACCCUCUAUACAUGACCCACUGACUAAGUUGCAGUGCUGUCCCACCUCAGAUGGCUCAGCAGCAGCCAUAUUGGCAAGUGAAGAAUUUGUAGAAAAACACAAUUUGCAGAGCCAAGCUGUUGAAAUAGUGGCCAUGGAAAUGUCAACUGAUUUACCUAGUGUUUUUGGGGACAAAAGCUGCAUGCAAAUUGUUGGCUAUGACAUGAGUAAAAGUGCUGCAGAAAAAGUGUUUGCGAAAGCUGGAAUGGAUCGAAGCGCUGUCGAUGUAGUGGAGCUUCAUGAUUGUUUUUCUGCCAAUGAACUAAUAACAUACGAAGCACUGGGCUUAUGCCAACCGGGAAAGGCUGGAGAAAUGAUUGACAGGGGAGAUAACACAUAUGGGGGAAAAUAUGUUGUCAAUCCAAGUGGCGGUCUGAUAUCUAAAGGUCAUCCAUUAGGUGCAACAGGGUUGGCUCAGUGUGCAGAAUUGUCAUGGCAACUUAGAGGAAUGGCUAAUAAAAGACAAGUUAAAGGAGCUAAGGUUGGUCUGCAGCAUAAUAUUGGUCUUGGGGGUGCUGCAGUGGUAGCAUUAUACAAACUAGGUUACCCUGGAGAACAAAGAUUACAAGCUGUUCAGGCCAGUGCAUCAAAGGAAUCAGAUUUCAAAAGUGCUGCAGCUUUUAAAGAAAUCCAAGGUGUCUUGGAAAAAGAUGGUGGCAACAUUGUUAAGAAGAUUAAAGGGGUCUUCUGCUUCAAAGUUAAAAAUAAGGCUGGUGAAAAUGGUGUCUGGUAUGUUGAUGCCAAGAAUGGAAAUGGUUCCGUCAACUUUGGAGGAAGUGCAAAACCUGAUGUUACAAUAGUUAUGAAUGAUGAAGAUCUUGUUGGACUAAUGAACGGCAAACUGAAUCCACAGACAGCAUUCUUCCAGGGUAAACUAAAGAUUACUGGGAAUAUGGGGCUAGCCAUGAAAUUGAAAGAUAUACAGCCACCAAAGACUGGAAAGUCCAAGUUAUAAAAUGCAAAUCAAGCCCAAUAAAGACAAUGUCAUAGUAUUCAAAAAUUGAAGACAAUUUUAUUAAAAUCUUACCUGAUAUAAAUUUUCAUUGUGAAAAAUAAAUCUAAAUAUUGUGUAUGAUUAAUUAAUUGGUCAAUGAUAAUAUACUGCUUUUUACAAAUGCUUGUCCACUACUUGAAUGUGCCCAAAUCCAAAUUGCUUCAUUGGAUUUUAUGUCGAUUUGUUUUAUUGUUGAAAAUUUUAUGUUCUUUGAUAAAAUUAGAAUUAAACAGCUUUAUAUGCAAAAAUAUAUCGGAAACUGCUCUUUAAAUCUAAUAAUGAAUUAAAUUUGUAUUCUAUUUAUCAUAUGGUAUGUAUGUAUGUAUGUAUGUAUGAUUUGUUUGGUUAAGUAAGUUUCUGAGUUUGACUAAAAGAUGUAUAUCUAAUUAAGAAGAGUUGAGUAAAUUCGAAUGUUAAUAAGUAAAUGCUUGAUAAUAUUGUUUUAAUGAUUUCAUUUACCUGGUGUAAUUUAUUUUUUGUCUAAUAUAAGAUAUGAACAUUAAAUGUAUUUUAUACAAUUCUAAACAAGUUUUUCAUCUCAGUCUGGUGUUAUCACCGAAACAAAUAAAAUGUUUCCUGGUA